UCAUAUUUGAACAAAUGUUUGUCAUCAUUACUUUCAAUUACCUGGUCUAGUUGGUUCUGGAAUUAAAUCUUUCGUCGAUUCAUCGUCAUUCAUACCUGACAACUUGGGCUUAUAAAAAGAGAAGAGUUGACGAAUUUAGACAUAACUCUAUUUGGUAGCAAAGUGAACACAACGUCAACAAUAACAAUUUCCCGCGAAGAUGUCAUUGACAGUAAAAGCCUAUUUGGUAAAGAAAGGAGAGGAAAAGAGAGAAAUACGUAGAUUUGCUGUGCCUGCUGAUGUUUCAAGCAGCUUCAGCUAUCUUCAGAAGAAAGUGGCGGAUAUUUAUCCUACCCUAAAGCAAGGAAAUUUUAAUCUAUAUUGGACUGAUCCGGAAGGUGACCAGAUUGCCUUUUCUACAGAUGAUGAACUAACAGAGGCUCUGGGUUUCGUAGACGAUGGAGUGUUUAGGAUAAAAAUCAAAGAAACAAAGAAAGAGAAAGAGAGUUGUGAUGAUGAACAGAAGGAGAAAGUGAUCCAUCCUAGAAUAGUGUGUGAUGGGUGCGAGGGACCAGUGGUGGGUAACAGAUUUAAGUGUGCCAUCUGUCCAGACUAUGAUCUGUGUGAAACAUGUGAGAAAAAGGGCCUACAUCAGGAACAUGAUAUGAUGAAAAUAACAACACCAGGUCAAGGACUCUUUGGAGCUUUUGGAGGUCCAUCAUUUGGAGGAGGACCUUGUGGACCUUUUGGAGGCCCUCCUUGUGGACCCCCUCCACCAUUUGGUACAACAGGAAAUCAUGGAGGAUUUGUUCCUCCACCACACUUUCGUCGUUGGAUGCAGAGAUUUAUGAAACGCUGGCAGAAGAACCAACAAGGAUGUGGUGACCAGAAUGAGUCUCCAAUGGAAGAAGAUCCUAAACAAGGAGAGGCAAAUGAAGAAGAUGGACAAGCUGAUGAUUAUCUUCGUAAUGUUGGAGAAAGUGUCCAGGCAAUGCUUGAUCCUUUCGGAAUAGAUGUUGAAAUUGAUGUUGAACACCAUGGGCAGAGAAAAAGAUGUGGACGUGGGGCUGGUAGAGGGCGCUGUGGACGAGGUGGUGGUUGGUCAAGACCACAAAGCUGCCCAGGACGUCAAGGACAGUUUCCUGGACAAUUUCCUGGACAGUUUCCAGGGUGUCCAUUUGGAUUUGGUGGACCAGCACCUCAACAGUCAAAAGAUAAAAAAAGUGAAACAAAGAAAGAUGAUGUUCCAAUGAAAGAGUCUGAGCCUGCCAAGGAGGUUCCAAUGAACACUGAGGGAAACAAAGAGGCAUCUCUUAAGGACUCAACAAAGAAGCCAAAUGAGGCAGAAGAUUGGACUAUUUUGACAGAAGCCACUGAAUCAAGUGGACCCAAACCAGGACCUUCAGAAGUGCCUGAACCUUCUGUUCCAAGUACAACCAGUCUCUACCCUUCUUUAGAUCCUAAGAUAAGAGAGGCUUUGGAUACCAUGAUGGGCAUGGGAUUUCAUAACGAAGGAGGCUGGUUGACCUCUCUCCUGAACGAGAAGGAGGGAGACAUUGGGAAAGCUCUAGAUUCCAUUCAGCAGAGACGUAACAGGACCACUGAUGGUGGAUACAUGGCCUGAGAUUCAAAUACAAUCAUGUGGUUUUGGGACUAAUAAUUGGAUGCUUUGUUAUUGAUAUACAUAUACAAAUCUAAUGACAUUUUUGUAGUUUUAAUUAAUAUUA